AGGCGGCGGGAGGACGUCCGCAACCCUCGCCGCUGGGAAGGCCGCGAUGUGCGGGACAGGUAUCGCAAUCCUAGACCAGAUCGUCGGCGCGACAGUCGCGAGCGCGACCGCCGCGACGAAAGAGAUGUGCGAGAUAGGAAGCCUCGUGACGAGAGGCAGUGGAAGGAUGACAGAUAUAGAGACCGUCGCGAUGAGCGAGGUAGAGACAGGGAUAGUGACAAGAAGGGGGACGACGCAGGGCGCUCCAAGGUGCCAGGAGCUGAUGAGGCAGACCCGGAGAGCGUCGCCCAGGCUGAGGAGCUUGCAGAGGCUUUGCAAGGUCAGCUCGCGCAGCUGGACCAAAGCGAGGAUGCAAGGCCGAAGUGAGCAGAGAAGGACUCCCUGAGCGCGCUUCUUCGAGGGCCCAGCCGCUAGACGCUCGCGUGAGAGCUGCGUCACGUUUCACUUGGCCAUGCCCACAGGGAAGAGGGAGAGUGAGUUUUGGCCAAAGAUUCUAAGCGUGCGAUUUGCCGACAAGGAGAUGGUUUCAUACU